UAAGAAAAGUUUUAAUUUUAAAGAAAAAUUGCUUAAAAUUUUGACUGCAUUUUUUGACAAUUAAAAAUUUAUCUUCUGUAAAAACUUGACUUUACGACUCACGAGUGAACCAGCCUUUGGAAUAGAUUAAGUAAUCAGGAAUAAUAAAGUGAGAGUGAUCAUGGACGAAGGAGAAAAUAAGUACGAGCACAAACCCAAGUUUUCGGGUAACGGAAUGUCAAAAAAUAGUCGAAUUAAAGCGUCCCUCUUCAGAGAUAAGAGGAAAGGAGGUGGAGGAAGGAAAGGGAAACCCAAAAAGAUUGAGGAUGAAGGACAAGAAGUCAAGCGGCUUAAAAAUCUUAUUGAAAAGAAUCAGAUGCCAGAACCCAGCAGUCUCAAACGAUUCCAAGACCUCCCCAUCUCCCGAAAGACUGUGUGGGGGCUGAAAGAAUCCGGAUAUGCAAAACCUACCGAAGUGCAGAGAGAAAGUAUCGGCCUAGCGCUCAGAGGGCUGGACAUUCUCGGUGCGGCGAAAACAGGGUCAGGAAAAACUUUGGCGUUUGUCAUUCCCGUCUUGGAGAAACUCUACACGUCCCUUUGGUCGGAGACUGACGGUCUGGGCGCAAUAAUCAUCACUCCGACGAGAGAACUCGCCUACCAAAUAUUUGAAACAUUACGCAACGUGGGGAGAAAGCAUGACUUUUCGGCCGGACUUAUCAUUGGGGGGAAGGAUUUGAAGUUCGAACGAAAGAGGGUCGACCAGUUGAACAUCAUUAUCUGCACACCGGGCCGUCUUCUACAACACAUGGACGAAAAUCCAAACUUUGACUGCUCAAAUGUUGAAAUUCUCGUCUUGGAUGAGGCAGAUCGGUGCUUAGAUUUGGGUUUCGAGCAAGAUAUGAACGCAAUUAUUGAAAAUUUACCGGCAAAGCGGCAGACACUACUGUUCUCGGCGACGCAGACAAAAUCUGUGAAAGACUUGGCCAGGCUCAGUCUCCGUUCUCCGGUGUAUAUUUCUGUCCAUGAAAAUGCCGAGCAUGCCACCCCCACAGCGUUACAGCAGAGUUAUGUCGUGUGUCCGCUUGAUGUAAAAUUGGAUAUGAUCUGGUCUUUUAUAAAGCAUCACAAGAAGAAAAAGGUUCUCGUCUUUUUGUCGAGUUGUAAACAGGUUCGAUUUGUCCACCUCCUGUUCUGUCGGAUGCGACCCGGCACGUCCGUCCUCGCUUUAUACGGAUCUCUCCACCAACUCAAACGGAUGUCGGUUUAUGACGAGUUCUCCAAGAAACAAGCGGCUGUUUUAUUUGCCACAGAUAUUGCGGCACGAGGCCUCGAUUUUCCCGGAGUGGACUGGGUCGUCCAACUUGAUUGUCCUGAGGAUUCAACAACCUACAUUCAUCGGGCAGGAAGGACAGCCCGGUAUAACAAGGGAGGUGAAAGCUUGCUUGUUGUCCUCCCUUCUGAAGAAGAAGCAAUGGUGGACUCGUUGACGAGAAAGAAGAUCCCGAUCCAAAAAAUUGAAGUGAAUCAAACCAAGUUUGUCUCCGUGAGAAGAAAAUUCGAGUCUCUUUUGGCACGUGAUAUCAAUCUCAAGGAGUGUGCACAACGAGCAUUUAAGUCGUAUCUCAAAGCAGUAUGGUUAAUGAAAGAUAAGGCCGUAUUUGAUGUGACUGCGUUAGAUUUGGACGCGUUUGCGAGCUCGCUUGGUCUCGCGGUCGCUCCGAGGGUCCGAUUCCUCCAGAGAAAGGCUGUAUUAGAGAAUCCAAAAAAGAAGAAAGGACAACAAAAUGACAACCAAGAUGAUGAUGACGAUGACAUAAAACUGGAACCGAAAUCGGAAUCUGAUGUGGAUGUGUCAGACAUGGAAGAGGAAGAAAAGAAAGAAAAAGUUAAAAAAGUAAAGCCAGAAGAGAAGAAAAAUGUGGCAAAGAAUGAAACCGGCUUUAAAAGCAGUGGGGCUAAAACUCUUGAUUUUAGUUUACCUGACGAGGACAGUGACGAUGACGCCGAGGCUCUGUUCAAAAGUAAGAAACCUGCCGAACUUGGGGAUGAUGAAGACAACGCUGACUUUGAACUCCUCCAGACCAACUCCAACUCUAGUAAAUCUGCAAAGAAACCAAAAUCAAAAGCCGCCCUGGCCAAGAAACUCUUAAAGAAGAAGAUUCAAACAAACAAAAAGCUCACAUUUGACGACGUCACUGGCGACGCUGUACCCGACAUACGGCGAGAAAGACAGUCUGCCACCGCUAAGAGUUACGAUGCCGAACAGGACGUGGGUGGCAUUGAUAUUGAACGGGUCAAAGAAAUCAUGAAGGAGGAGGAUUUCUAUGAUAAGCAAAUAUUUAGAGAGAGAAUUCGUGCCAAACACAGGGAGGAACGUCUUAAGAAACGACUCGCCCGAAAAGGUCUCAAAAAAGACGAUGACGCCGAAGGCGACGAUGGUAACGAGAUGGGAGUUCAACUUGGCAAUAGUGACAACGAGGAAUCGGACGACGAUGGCCCUGGUCCAAAUCUCGGUUGGCUCCCAGAUCCCGACCAAAUUUAUGGUGAAAGAGAACAAGACGAGGACGAGGACUCGCAUUUCGAACCUGAUGACGAAGAUGAUGACGACGACGACGACGAAGACGCCUACCGUAGGAAGCGACCAUUGCAAGUAGUUAACUCUGAUUCUGACAGUGACGACCAAGAAGAAAUUCCUCCAGAAUUCAGCCAAAAAAUUAAUAAUAGCAAACUUAAAAAUAGUAAUGUUAGUGUUGGUGGAAGUAAAUCGAAGCGAAAGAAGUUAAUGGAGAAGGCAGGUUCCACGCUAGACAAAGGAUUAAUGGAGGAAUGGGCACUAAAACUGUUGACUAAUUAAAUUAUUUACUAAUGUAACUCUUAUAUCUGAAUUAUGAAUCGUGCUUACUUGCAUAAAAUUAUUUUUAUUUAAACAACUA